AUGACAAUUACUGAUAUAAAAAAUAUUUUACAUGCUAUGCCAUGUGUGAAAUAUUUAGAACUUGACAUUCCAUGUGAAAUCGGUUUAAUUGAUGGUUAUCAAUGGGAAUCCAUUGUUGUUAAUCUCAUUCGAUUUGAUUUUCGAUUUCGUGUUGUACGUUGGUCGGCAAGUGAUAUUGCGAAAAUCAACUAUCUUAAUUCAUUUCGAACACCAUUCUGGCUUGAACAGAAACGUUGGAAAUGGUGUUGUUGGCAACGACAGCGAGUGACACGUCAAUGGCUCAUUCGAAAUAGUCGACGAUUAUCACAUGACCGACACUUUACCAGUGCAAUAACCGAUCACAAACAUAACUCGGCAACAGAUGUCGAUCCAUUUCAACGACAAUUAUCUAUACUUGAUCCAUUAUCAGAUCGUGUCAGUACAAUACUUGUUUGGAAGAAUUUAACUGUUCUAACACGUGAAGAUAAAGUUACCGAAUUCUGUCAACGAAUGAAAUGUUGGAAAAAAUUUACACUUAAAAGACAGCGAUUAUUGAAUAAUAUCAGUGGUGCAAUUACAGGUGGACUAUGGGCUGUAAUGGGUCAAAUAAGUCUCAAUGGUGCACCAUAUGAUAAUGCAGAAUUAAAACGGAUAGCUGGUUAUGUAAUGCAGGAUGAUCUUUUGAAUGGAAAUUUAACUGUAUAUGAAACAUUGAUGUAUACGGCUGAACUUCGUUUACCACGUCAUUCUACACGUCAAAAACGUGUAGCACGUGUUCAAGAAGUCAUGUUUUCUAUGGGUAUUAGCCAUGUUAAGGAUGUUAUUGUUGGAACUGUGCUUAAAAAAGGAAUUUCUGGAGGAGAAAGAAAACGUUUAUGUGUUGGAAUGCAAUUAUUAAAUCGACCACAAUUACUUUUUUUGGAUGAACCAACAUCUGGUCUUGAUUCAGUUACAGCAUUAGAUUUAAUACGAACCUUUCAUUCAUUAGCUCAUGGUCAAUUACCAGAAAAAGUUGUAACUAUUGUUUGUUCAAUUCAUCAACCACAAUCGAAAAUAUUUUAUCUAUUUGAUUCAUUAAUUUUACUCAAACAAGGUAAUAUUAUAUAUCAAGGUCCACGACAACAGGCAAUGGAUGUUUAUCGUAUGGCUGGUUUCCCAUGUCCAUUAUAUACUAAUCCAGCUGAUCAUCUACUCGAUGUUAUCACACCAAUGAAGACAAUUGAUGAUCAAUCAGGUUCUUCUGAACGACAAGCAAAUGCUGAUAAAUUAAUAUUAGCAAUUCAAGCUCCUAUUGAAAUCGAUCUGAAUAUGGGUACACACAAGCGUAUUGCUCAAAUGGCAGAUCUACCAAAAAAUCCAUUAUGGAUUACACAAUUCUUUAUUCUUCUUCGACGUAAUUUUCAAGAACAAUUUCGUUCAUCAAAAAUUAUUCUCACAUCACUCAUUCAAACAAUUAUUAUUGCCGUUUUAAUUGGUUGUGUUUUUCUACAAAUUGGUAAUGGACAAUCAAGUACUGUACGUCGAAGUCCGGUAAUUUUCUUUUGUGCUAUUAAUCAAGGUGUUUUCGGUGCUCUGAUGGUUAUCAAUUCA